AUGGGCUUUGACGACUCCCCCCCAGACCUUCUUCGGUCGGCAGACAAUAAGACCGCCGACUCCAGCGACCAUGAGGGUGAGACGCAAAGGGGCCACACGGGCCAUGCGGGCCACACCGUGGUUGCUGCACCCCGAGGCUGGUCGGCCUGGUUCGGCGGCCCGAAUGUCACCGUGGGACCCCGCAUCGGGCCCGUACUCGACAGCAUCUCGCUCGGGGGGCUGUCGGACAGCGACGAGAGUAGUAGUGCCAUCCUCGACAAGCAGAUUGCCCUCGAGAGCGGUGCCGCCAUCCAGUACCGAACUUGUAGCUGGCAGAAGACUGCUGGCCUGCUGUUCUCUGAAUAUAUCUGUCUUGCUAUUAUGAGCUUCCCGUGGUCUUACAGCGUGUUGGGUCUGGUACCAGGCUUGAUCCUGACCGUCUUCGUUGCUGGCGUUGUCCUAUACACCUCCCUUGUCCUUUGGGAGUUCUGUCUUCGUCACCCCGAAGUUCGCGAUGUUUGCGACAUUGGCCAGAUGCUCCUCUUCAACAAGAGGUGGGCUUGGUGGGCCACGGCGGUCAUGUUCCUUCUCAACAAUACAUUCAUUCAGGCUCUCCACGUCCUCGUCGGCGCCAAGUAUCUCAACACCAUGACUGCUUCCGACAACGUCGCAUGCCGUACUGUUACCUUCAGUAUUGUUGUUACUAUUAUUUGCUGGGUCUGCUCCCUCCCUCGAACGUUUAACAUGCUCUCGAAGCUCGGCACAGCAUCGGCCUUCUUCACCUUUUUAUCCGUUCUUCUUGCUGCUAUCUUUGCCGGUGUGCAGUCUCACCCAGCCGGCUAUGACCCUCGAGACAGUUAUACGACCCCUUCGGGAGAGCCUGCUGUUGGAGGGGAACCAAUUGUGACGGCCUUUCCGGUUGCCGGUACUACAUUUGUGGCUGCGCUCAAUGCGUUCCUCAACAUCAGCUAUACUUUCAUUGGCCAGAUUACUCUCCCCAGUUUUAUUGCCGAGAUGAAAGAUCCGAGGGACUUCCCCAAGGCUCUCUGGGCAUGCACUAUUGCCGAGAUCAUUGUGUUCAGCAUUGUCGGUGCUGUCGUCUAUGCCUACACCGGAAACCAAUACAUGACGGCUCCGGCCUUCGGAUCCCUCGAGAACAUAUACAAGAAGGUGUCCUUCUCGUUCAUGAUCCCGACUCUGAUCUUCCUGGGAGUUCUGUAUGCUUCCGUUUCAGCCCGUUUUAUCUUCUUCCGCAUCUUCCAGAACUCUCGGCACAAGAACGAGCAUACGUUUGUCGGAUGGGCCACAUGGUCUGGGAUUCUCCUCUGCACUUGGAUCAUGGCCUUCAUCAUCGCUGAAGUGAUCCCAUUCUUCUCAUCCCUUCUCUCCCUCAUGUCCUCCCUCUUCGACAGCUUCUUCGGCUUCAUCUUCUGGGGUAUCGCUUACUUCCGCAUGCGAAAGGUGGAUGGCAGUCUUGCCUUGCUCAAAGAGCAUAGUGUCGUUGGCUAUACGAUGGCUGCCAUCAACGCCAUUGUCAUUAUCAUCGGUUUCUUCUUCCUCACCGUCGGCACAUACGCCAGCGUGCAAAGCAUUAUUGAUGAAUUCGAGUCCGGACUUGUGGGCAGUGUCUUCACCUGCGCCACCAAUGGUCUAUGAGUGCUGGGCUGGGAAAGGGCAAAAUAUCCGGCUUAUUCCUUCUCCUCGGAGUUUUCUUCUUCUUGUUUUUGCAUGCCAUCAUGUCGAAGAUUACAAUAUCCUGACACGGGAGAUUGGAUGGGGCAGGGCAGUGCGGAAGGCACAUUCUUCUUUCCUAUUUUUUCUUCUUCUUCUUUGUUUUCCUCCUUGGUCCUACCAUCCAGCCUACAUCGUCUGCCGCUGGUUAGCAACACCUGCGAGGGAUGAGUGUGUGCGUGGAUAGUGGGAAGGACUAGGACGAUCGGACCUCUCGAGCUGAUACCCGCGGAAUGGCAACCUAUGGUUUUGGGAUACUUUGGGUGCGUGGAGCUGCUAGGGGUGGGCCACCUGUGGCCUGCCUGCCUACCUGGAAGAGCAAAUACCUCAU